CGCAGAGGAAGAUGAAGGAGAUGAAGCAGCGUAGGAAGAAGGAGCGCACGUGGGCCGAGGCCGCCCGCCUGGUGCUGGAAAAUUACUCUGAUGCUCCUAUGACCCCGAAACAGAUUCUGCAGGUCAUAGAGGCUGAGGGACUAAAGGAAAUGAGAAGUGGUACUUCCCCCCUGGCCUGCCUCAACGCCAUGCUACAUUCCAAUUCAAGGGGGGGUGAUGGACUCUUUUAUAAGCUGCCUGGACGUAUCAGCCUUUUCACGCUCAAGAAGGACGCCUUGCAGUGGUCUCGGAACCUGUCUGUGCAAGAGGGAGAGGAGCUGGAGGAUGCAGCGGAUGCAGAAAGCUGCGAGUCCAAUGAAGCCAGCACUGUGAGUGGUGAUAAUGAUGUGUCUCUUGAUGAAACCUCCUCCAAUGCCUCCUGCUCUGCUGAAUCUCAGAGCAAGGGUCUCUCCACUGCCAGGGAGAGCUACAGAGCAGCUUCACAGCUUGUCUUGUCUUUCUCUGGAACACAGACAAGCAAGCAAAAGAAAAAGACUGGUGUGAUGUUGCCCCGAGUUGUCCUGACUCCACUGAAAGUAAAUGGAGCACACAUGGAGUCUGCCUCAGGGUUUACAGGAAGGCAUGUGGAUGGAGAGAGCAGCAGCACUUCCAGCAGUAGCAGCAGCUCCUUGGCUUUGUGCGGUGCCACUGUGCGGAGUCGAACAGAAAUUAACAGGGACCCUCCCCAGCUCCUGAGAGGUAUUCGGAAGCCGACGGCUGGGCAAAUGAAGCGAAACAGGGGUGAGGAUAUCGACUUUGAGACACCUGGGUCUAUUCUUGUCAACACCAACCUCCGUGCUCUGAUAAACUCCCGAACCUUCAAUGUGCUCCCGGCACACUUCCAGCAGCAGCUUCUCUGCCUCCUGCCAGAGGUUGACAGACAGGUUGGGGCAGAUGGGCUGAUGCGUCUCAGUGGCAGUGCCCUAAACAACGAGUUCUUUACGCAUGCUGCUCAGAGUUGGAGGGAGCGCCUGGCUGAUGGGGAAUUCACACACGAGAUGCAAGUUCGAAUACGGCAGGAAAUGGAGAAGGAGAAGAGAGUGGAACAGUGGAAAGAAAAGUUCUUUGAGGACUACUAUGGGCAGAAGUUGGGUUUGACUCGAGAAGAAUCUCAGCAGCAGAAUUCGGUGCAAGGUGCUGAGAACAGGACUGGAUUGUCUGUCCAGGGAGAAGCCUCAAGGCCACUGCGUGGUCCUUCUACACGGCAGCGAGAUGGACACUUCAAGAAACGUUCUCGGACAGAUCUGCGAUGCAGAGCAAGAAGAAGCCUGUAUAAAAUACGUGAGCCUGAGCAAACUGAGACUACCAAAGAGAUGGCAUCUGUGGCACCAGAUUCGUCCUUCCAUAGAGAGAUGAAAGCUGAUGUGGACUUGAAAGAAGAUCUGAUGGGCUCUUCCUCAGCAUCGUUGAAGCCGGAGAGUUCAGGAUUGCUGGUUUCUCCAGAGGCAUCCAGACUGCACGGCAAACUGGAAGAUCUGUCACUGGCAGCUGCAUCUGUAAACAGAAUUCCCAGUUUGCCACAGGAGAACUCAGCUCGAGAGUCAAAGGACCAGAAGAGGAAAUGCUUUGAGGAGGCUGCCUCUGCCUCCUUCCCCGAAAAGAAGCCCCGGCUUGACAAUCGUCAGUCCUUUCGUAACACAAUUGAAAGUGUUCACCCAGAAAAGCCACAGCCUACUAAAGAGGAGCCCAAAGUCCCACCCAUCCGGAUUCAACUUUCACGUAUCAAACCACCCUGGGUGGUUAAAGGUCAGCCAGCUUACCAGAUAUGCCCCAGGAUCAUCCCCAACACGGAGCCCUCCAGUCGGGGCAGGACAGGUGCCAGAACACUCGCAGACAUUAAAGCCCGUGCUUUGCAAGCCCGAGCCCAGCGAGAGGCUGCUACAGCCAUUGGAGGUGGGGGUGGGCCAGGAGGAGGAGGGGGGAGCAGCACAGAUAAAGGAGGAGGAGACUCCAGUAGCCAUACAGAGCACAGGAAAUCAAAGAGAACUCAUGGAAAGUGUUCGUCAAAUCUACAACGAACACAAUUACUGCCGCCUCCCCCUCUAGAAGAGGCUAAUUCUGAGGUAGCUGUGCAGGUGGCUAACACACAUCCCUCUAGACCUGCAAAACUGGAUGCCUGCGCUCCUAACGGUGAGGGAGGCUGUCUUCUCGAACGUGCUGCAGAUGCUGUCUCAGGGGGAGCUCAGCUUACUGCUGGUUCAGCUAAACUCCCGCGCAGCAGUCCUUUGACUGGGUCAUCCUUUGACACUGCGACUUCUGAGGAGCAGGAAGACAACUCUGAGCCACUCCUACAGGACAUAAGGGCUGAAAGCCUGUGCAAUCAGCAGGAAUGCAUGGUUCCUCGUGAGAACAGCCUCUCUUGUUCUCAGGCACAGGGGUCUGUAGUGAGUUUAGUAGGAGAGAGCAGUAUUGUUUCAGGGCGUAAAGAUGGUAGUGCUCCUACAGAGUUGAACUGUAAUCCUGUUGGCAAGGAAACUUUGCCUGUGCAAUCUUUUCUUACUCCAGAAUCAUCACCAGAAGGUAAAGAACAACAAGAGCCAGACAGUGAAGCUAGAUUUAAUGGCUCUGACUCAUCUACAGGAGAUGGUGCCAUUAAUUGUGAGAACUCAAAAAUGAAUGCAGUUGGAAUGGAGAACAUGGGCCCAGGGUUAAGCGUUUUCACACACCUACCAGCAGAGAGAUUGAAUGAAAGUGAAAUACAGAACGGAGGAGAGCAGCGCAGGGGGUCUCUGGUGAAACCCUUUUCACAUGAUGGUCUACCAUCUCAGGAUGGAAUAGAUAUCUCUGAAGGACUUCCUCAGCUGUGGGAGAAGCUGCCUGGAGCAGACAUGAAAAAUGCCUGUCAGCAAAUGAGGGAGAUUCAGGAGCUGAAGACAAAUGGAGAUGACGAAACCCAAAGCAUACACAGUGAAACCACAGAAACUGCUUCAGAUUUUGAAGCUGACCUAACAGAUGAGAAUGCAGAGAUGGAGAUGUGCUUCAAGAACAUCAACCAGGAGGAAGCUACAGGAAAAGACUCCUCCAAGCAGAGCCAGGCUGGGAGAUUCAACAGGAUUGGAUCUGAAUCCACUAUGAAAAGUGACAGUCUUUCAUAUGUGGUGGAUUUGCCUUCAGUAACAGUGGUGAGUAACUCGUCUCAGCCUCAGAGGUGGGUGCCACAUACACCUCUAACCCAAACACCUGAGAUCCAGAAAAAGCUGCCCACUCCCACCAGGCCCAUGUCCUCUGUUGAAGCCAACAACCCUCUGGUUAUGCAGCUGCUCAAGGGGAAUCUUUCUUUGGAGAAAGUUCUCCCAGUAUCACAUGCCAGCAUCCAAAUAGAAAUUACAGAACCACAUCUGGACAGGUCCUCGGAAAACCAUUCCUUGCAAAUGGAGAGGAGUAGCAGUAGCUACUUUGACCAAGAUUCUUCACAAGAUGUGGAAAUAAGUACAGGUGCCCUAAGUAGAAGUGGUGAUUUCUACUCUCAGAGAUCUCUGGGAGAUCCCCAGAAAAAGCAAGGCAACUCUGGGACAGCAUUGCCCAGAACAGAAGCUAUAGAGACCCCGUCUGACAUUCCAGAAACGCAUCCCAAAGUUGGUCUAAACUUAAACUCUCAAGACCACCUGGGAAGCCUUGUGCGUGGCUCACAGAAGCCUGAAGAGUUGGGCCGCAGAGAAAGAAAAGCCUCCUCUUGUAGCUUUGAAAAUCAGAAAGAGUUGCCUCAGGUCCAUAGUGUCCCACAGCACAAUCCAUUAACAAAUGUCGUCACAAACAAAAGUCCGGAAAAGCUAAAUCCACCUGCAGCACUUAGAUUUUUAUCUCCAAAUGUAACCUCUCUCAGUCCAAAUCAGAAUGGUGGAACCUCUGUCAAUAAACAUUAUGUUGGUGUCCAAGGCAAAAAGCUUUUUGGUUCUGGCUUCCCCUGCAACAGCCCUGCUAGGCUACAUCAUCCUAGAGCUUUGGAGCAUGUUCCAGCCCUGGGAACUUUGUCUCCCAGCAAGCAGAUGCCACCGAAUAAGAGCUGUGCCCCUGGAGCAGGAGUACCAACUGCUAGGGAGGAAUGGCCUUCGAAACAACCAGCCAGUACCCUGGGAGGAAUAAAAAAUGAGAACGUCCUGGCCUGUGGGGACCCAGCCAAGAGUAACAUGGAGAACAGGAAGGAUGCUGCCCCAAAUCCUGUGGAACUGAUGGAGCAUUUGCAAAGCGUUCCCCUGGUCAUGGACUUGCCGUUUUUCAAGUUACCAAGAGAGCCAGGAAAAGGACUCAAUCAGCCUUUGGAGCCUUCUUCCAUCCCCUCUCAGCUUAAUAUCAAACAGGCAUUUUAUGGGAAGCUUUCUAAGUUUCAGCUUAAUUCCACCAGCUUUAAUUUUUCAUCCAAUGCUCCAGCUUUUCCCAGGGGCCUCGCUGGAAGCAUGAUGCAGCUAACCCACAAAGCGAACUUUGCUGCAAAUCAUAAUGCGUCUCUCUCUGUGCAGAUGUUUGCUGAUAGCAGCAGUGUGGAAGAAAUAUCGCUCAAGUGUUCCUGCAGCCUUAAAGCCAUGAUUAUGUGUAAAGGAUGCGGGGCAUUUUGUCAUGAUGACUGUAUAGGACCCUCUAAGCUUUGUGUAUUGUGCCUUGUGGUGAGAUAAUAAAUUAUGGCCAUGGGAAAAAUUGUAUAUUUAGUGUGUGUAUUUUGAUAAUGACUGAUCCUCAAACCUGUAUACAGAUAUGAAUCUGUUUAUAAUAGAGACAAUAUUACACUCUUAAGUUUUGGUGAGAAAGUUGAUUUGCCUUCCCACUCAAAUCGACGAUGCAAAACCUUUUCUUGCUCACAGUUACACUCCGGUCUGCUUAAUGCCAUCAUGGAAAUGUUGAUUGUGCUCUGGUACAUGUACUGAGGCUAAUCCCUGACUGAGAGGCAGCCUGCUGGGCGAAUCUAUGGACCUCUUAGAGGAGACUGUUAUAUCCAAAGGAACUGAAGCAGGGUGUGUUUCCAUUUUAAGGGCUGAGCUAGGUUAGGCCCUGUUCUGCCUUAGCAGAGCAGAAUCCAGUCUUCCACUCUCCCCUUCUGCCAUCUCCACUCCCUGUGUGUGGAAAAAGUACUACUGUACAAUCAAUGUAGACGUGAAGCUUCUCUGCAGAUGGUGGUUCUGCAUGCUCCUUUGAAUGCUACAGCAGAACAAAGUGACCAGGAAAACGCUGCAGGUGGCUAACGAGUCCCGUAUGGGUGACCACAUGUUGGACGGAGCCAUGUGUAGGGAAUGCAGGAAGCCAAACAUGCUAGCUGCCAGCCUCGGUGUCUUCUGGACUGAAGGAAGAUGCCUGGCUUCCCGAACUGUUGGACCAGUUGACGUGGCCGCUUCUCCUAGCAAAUACUGCUACAAACUAGUAUAAAAGGUCAAGGGUUCCUGAGAAUUCAUUUGUGUGGCCAGUAAUCUCUCUGUAUUAAAGCCCUACAAUAAGGAUUUUACCAUGACAGCAUCUGACCACUCGCAAGUGUCUAGCUGUGCAUCUGUGUGUGAUGGUCAUCUAACAUUCAAAGCAGUGUUUCCCUUUUUUCUUUUUUAUACUUUUAACUUUUCAUUCUUGGAUGUAUAAAGUGGAUUAUUUGGCUCCUGUAAGUGUAUACUCUCUGCAUUUGUUUGAUCAUGUAAUUAUAUGUUGUACACAGUACUGGCCAAUUCUGUAAAUGGAUGUAAUGUACAAAGAACAUAAUGGGGUUUUCUGGGGGUUUCUUUUUCUUUUUUUUCUUUUUUUGGAUUUCUUUUCUGUUUUUUUAAUUUCUUUUUGUUCCUUUUUUUUUUGGGCUCUUCAGCAGUAUUGCAUUAAAGUGGUGUUAGUUAUUAAUCUGCAUCUGUAGUCAGAGCCACUGUAUUCUGUCUUGCCUGAUGUGAGGCUGAACGUGCAAAGGUGUGUGUCUCGAUUCCAGCUGCCUCCCUCUGCCCCACUGGCGGCUGUGCACACAUGGACUGCAAUGCAAUCUCCAGGACGACCUGCCAUGAUUUGCUGAGCUUGGUUGUAUCUUGCUUCUCUUUCUCUCAAACUCUCUCUCUCUCUCUUUUUCUCUCUCUCUCUCUCUCUCUCCUCUCUUUGGCAGUAACAAUUCACUGCUAUCGCCAUGAACAGUGUUAAAGCUGCAGUGCAAAGAGGUGAAAGCUCUUUCGCAUCCGUGAUUGAUGCGAGCAAGAGAAACCUGACCCUUCCUCCUUUGAGCAGUUGCCUCUCAGGACUGGGUUGCCCCAAGUGCAAACCUACCAUUUUAUUUAAACAGCUAGUGAGGAUUGUGAUGCUUUCUCCCACCCCUUUUCUACCUCCUACCUACCUCUUGACCGUGCGCCUUUUUUAAUUGUAGACUUCCCUGUUCUGAGAUCCAUAGGGAGUGUGAAAUCUGUGGGCUGCAGUCAGCUUUGUUGUCUCUGAAAUGGUUUACCCUUCACCAAUCUGGCAGCUUUAUAUUGUAAAAUGAGAGACAGCCAGGUGCUGGGGUGAAUUGAAAUGCAGUAUUAGAGAAGUCUGAGGGGAUGGUAUGAAAACCUGCUUACCAAAGAUAGGAAGCAGAGCUGGGCAGUCUGGCUCUGUGCCCUUUGGGGCCACUGUAGCGUACAGAUUGAAGCUGGUCUGGUCUGCAGAGCUCUCCAGAGGGCCCUGCUCUUGUAUGUCCCUUGUGGUAUUGGAAAAAUAAACACUGUAAAACCUGCA